GACUAAGGGGAGCUGCUGUGUACUGCCGAAUUAAGCAAGGGAGUUUAUCGCUAAAAGGUAAGAUGGAGGAGAUUGAGAGCAGUGCUCAGGGCCGGGUAACAGUGUACUCCAUCCAGGGCUGCCCACACUGUGUGCAGGCUAAAGCCAGCCUGGGGCGUUUGGGAGUACCGGUAUGUGACGUGGAUAUGGGAAAGCAUCCCGAGCUAAGAGCCAGGGUGAAGGAGCUGACGGGACGCAGCUCAGUCCCUCAGAUCUUCUUCAACAACAUUCAUGUCGGGGGCAACGAUGACCUGCAGACACUGGCUCCUGAAGAGCUGCAGAGGUUGGUGAAUCUGGUGAGGAAAGAACCUCUUCCAGCAGACGCUCCACCACUGCCAGAGGAGAACCAACCAGAGGACACGUCUGGGGAGACUGAUGGAGAGUUUUUGUGUGAGAGAGAUGAAUUGGCGGACCUGGUAGAUGACCUCAAACAUAGCAAUGUGAUUGGCAGUCAUAGAAGGGGACUGACAGUGUACAAAAAGAGCUUCACAAGUGAUCAACUGGUUGACUGGCUGCAGAAAGAGAAGGGCAUGGCCAGGGCUGAGGCCUGUAAUACUGGCCAGGCAUUGUUGCAGAAGAAGUACAUGGUCAGUGUGCGCGGCUGUGGGCAGCAGGAGGGCAGUUUUGCAGAAGGGAAAGACGCACUAUACAGGCUGCUGGAGGAUGACCCUCAUUCAGCCCUCAACGCAGGACAGACGGCGUCCUGCAGUCCCAUCGAGGCUGCUGAACUCUCUUUGCUUUUACGGGAGUUGAUUCUGAAACUGUUUUCCGAGCAUCUCUCUGCUGAUGGCAAGUCUGUGGACUACAAGGGCAUGUCAGGUGACCCUGCGUUUGAGCGUUACUGUGAACUAGCCAUUCAGCUGCAGAGGGUGGAGCUGCUUUCGCUGAGUCGGGAGGAGAAGCUGGCCUUCUUCAUCAACAUCUACAAUGCCUUGGUCAUCCAUGGGUACCUGCGCCUGGGGGCCCCUACCAACAUGUGGCAGAGAUACAGAUUCUUCAACUAUGUGAGCUACCUGAUUGGAGGGGAAUUGUUCACAUUACAGGACAUUGAGAAUGGUGUUCUGAGAGGGAACAGAAAAGGUGUCGCACAGCUCCUGAGGCCCUUCUCCAAAACAGACCCACGACUACAAGUGGCUCUUCCAGAUGCUGAGCCCCUCAUUCACUUUGCCUUGAACUGUGGCGCAAAGGGCUGCCCACCAAUCAAAACGUACUCUCCACAGGACAUCGACAGCCAGCUCCUCACAGCAGCCGAGGCCUUCCUGGAGAACGACGAUGCCUGUAUGGUGGAUUCUGGGAAAAAAGAAGUGCGACUUAGUCAGAUAUUCAAGUGGUACAAAGCUGACUUUGGAGGAACUGAUGAAAAGCUCCUGAAGUGGGUAGUGGAGCACAUGGGUGACUCUCCGAAGAAGACCAGCCUGCAGGAUGUCCUAUCUGCUGGGAAGGCCAAAGUCAGCUUCCUCCCUUACGACUGGACCACUAACAGUACCCACUGAGCACGCACACACCAACACAUUCACGUCCAGCUAAUAUGCUACAGUAUGUCUCUUUGGCAUCUGGCCACUUUCUACUGAGCUGCAUCUGCUUAAAAACCAGAUGGUUGGUGAUGAUGUGCUUGCCAAAUGCAAUCCACUUCUCCUCAACCAUUCAAAUGUAUGUUAUGCAAAACAAACUGUAAAUCUAAGCGGUGAGAGGGGCGCAUUUGCACUGUACCAUCGAAUCCUACUUCUCUUGUAGGCUUAUCCUAGCUUUAAGGCCCUACUGUCCACUCCUACACCUUAUGUUUGGAAGUCAUAUAUGAGUUGUACAUUCAAGUUUGAAGUAACAACAACAGAGAGACUUAGAAAUGAAGUUGCACACAGAAACGUUGUGCUGCAGCAGCAUAAUUAAUAAAUGACUUCCAUUAAUAAUGUCUUGUGUAAAAUGUCAAAGCCUGAACAUUACCCAAAUUAUUUCCAAGUAAAUUAACCCAUUUGUGCCCAAAGACUAUAUUGAGUAUGAUACAGAAAAAUGCCGCAUUUGUUCUAGUUGGUCUAACAUCUUGAAAUCUGACACGGACAUUCUUCAUAUCCAACAGCACGACUGUUUUGAUCACAUGGAAUCACACUAUCAAUAGUCAGCAUUUUCUUUAAAUCAGGAAAAACACAUGGCACAUAGUGUUUAUUCCUAAAAUAUAUGGAAUAACAGUAAAUACUAAAUAUAGAAAAAUAAAAUGGUUUUGACCGGACUUUUGAAAAUCUCUUCAGAUUUGUGCUGAGGCAAGGAAAUUCUAAAUUUGAGUUUCAGGCACAAAUGGGUUAAUAAAGAGAAAGCUAACCAAAAGCAUGCUGUAAAACAACAACCAUGAACAUGGCUUCCAUGAUCUCCAGUCCUAGUCUUUAAACAUCAUCUCAGCAACUCAGGAGUCAUAGAUUCUCACGAUCUUCUCAGACACUCGUUGGGCUUUUUAUGUGGAGGAUUUAAUCAGAGCAGAUGGAGGGGAUAUGAACACGCUGCCUUGACAAGCCAUAUCAAAGCCCUUUGAACUUACAAACCUACUCAUUCAGGUUUAGCGGCUUACAGAUUCUCCACAAAGCUGCUCCAACAUUUUAACACGCAGAUGUAAACAAGCUGACGUUGUUUUCUACAGGGAAAGAAAGUACAAGCUGUUGCACAUUCAACCAUUAAUGGAAAUGGAACAUUAAUGUAUCAUCCAACGACGUCGACGUUAAAUACUAAAAUAUAAACACAACUUUGCCUGUGGCUGUAAAACACGAUAUUAGCCUUUAAGAAUCUUUAAAGAAAUGUAUGAUCAUUUAUUUCCAAAACAUCUAAGACCAAUGAAUCAAGCUCUGUUUCAUUGGACAAACACAAUCUGGUUGGGUGUUUCUACUGUAAUUUAUCUUCCCUAUCGAUUGGCACAAGUUGGACUUGAACUUUAAUGUUUGUAGGAUCCAGUCCCUGAAUAAAAAUAAUUAAUUAAAUAAACAAAAUGUUACUUGUUGAGAGAGCGUAGACCGAUGCAGCGCUCAGACAUUUGCAUGUCUUGAUCAGUUCUUAUUUCAAACCCAGAAUGGUUAUUUGUUUCCUCCUUUUGAUCCAGGUCUUCCAUUUUAAAUUGGAAAAGUGCUACUGCUGUGUUUUUAGCAGUUAUUUGGUAAAAGAUAUAGUAAUAUUUUUGAAUUAUUAUAGAAAUAUUUAUCAAAGCUUCACCCCUUUGGGAUGCACUCUGACACUUUGCAUGUUUAUCACCAACUUUGAAUGCUGUUAAUACGUAUUUGUACUGUUUUCACACAGACACAUGUUCCCUGUCGGUCACGUGAGAGCAAUGGGCUGUGUGUGAAAGGACUGAAACUAUUUUUCAUUACCUAGAUCAGUAGUCAUAAUAUAAAUAAAUGUAGCAGUUCAAGGGUUUGAUAGCGUUUGCAGGUUUUGUUGGGGUUUCUGGCUUCAAACCCGUACAGGGUUAUUUUCAUUUCUUUUUCCAAUAUUGUAAUUCAACUUAAUUAGUUUUCCAUUUUACCUGGCCUUGAAAGUUUGUAACACUCGUGUGCGUGUUUCAAUAAUUCAAGGAUGUUCUUAUCUCAGGUCAAAGGAAAAUGUGAGUGGAAACAAUAUUAGGUUGUUUGAUGUCAUCAAUGCAUGUUGUGUAGAACCCUUUCACCUCAGUCUGCAUCGUCCAUAUUCCUUUGCAAAGACAUCGUGUUAUGCACAAUACUAUGACUGUCCUUAGGCUAUAAGCAGCACCACAUUAGCAUGUGUUUAAAACUGCAAUGCAUCAUUUGCUGCAUGAGAUUAUGGAGCACCUGUAGCAGGACGGCCUCUCACUGCUUUGUUUCUAGCCUGUAAGUUCAGCCUUAAGAAUUAAACCCAACAUUAGACAAAGUGUCAGUUAGACUCUGAUAUUGGAAUACAAUUGUUCUGUCUUAUAAUCGGAUCGUUGCUUUACAACACAUCCAUUAUUUAGUGACAGUAAAACAAAAAGGGAAGACACUGUGGUUGGACAGAAAAAAGGUUUUAUUUACAUGUAUUGAUGAUCCCUGUACUUUAUAUUACCUCAUGUAUAAGGACAAUGUGAUGCAAAACGUUUUUUAAACAAGCAAUUCUAAUAUAAUCAUUCUAUUUCCUGGGGUGAAAAAUAAAGCAAUAUAUUUCUGAAUAGUAAUUAUGCAAUGCCGAACUAAAAGAAUAAAAUGAGUUUGUCCGCUG